GCUGCAGAGAUAAAACAUCCGCCCUGUCUUCAUCAGAAUCAGCUGCUCCCGGUUGGGAACAAGGACAUUUUAACGUGGGCUUUCUUUCAUAUUUAAAAUGGACAGUUUGCAAGCAGGAGAUCCGCGGUAUCUGAAAAGGAGAGUGAAGGGUUGUACUCUCGAUGUCCACCCCACUGAGAGAGCCCUUAUCGUUCAGUAUGAGGUGGAAGCCACUGUCUUGGGAGAGCUGGGGAACCCGAUGGUUGGAGAACGCAAGGAGUGUCAGAAAAUUAUUCGGCUGAAGAGCCUGAAUGCCCACACAGAUACGUCCUCUUUGGCCCGGAAGGUGGUGGAGGAAUGUCGACUGAUUCACUCGUCCAAACUCCUCGAGGUGGAGCAGCUGCUCUUCUAUUUGCAAAACCGCAAACCGACAAAUGACAACCAAGAGAAGAAACGUAUCUCACCUGGAGACUUCACACCUUACGCAGGAGUGGAGCUGGACGAGGAGGCGAGCAUCAACAGCAUCGAUGCGUAUGUGGAGCUGCUGUAUGAGGACAUCCAGGAGAAGAUCAGAGGAGCCACGCUGAUCUUCCAACUGGCUCGUAACCCGGACAACUUGGAGGAGCUCAUACAGAACGAGACGGCCCUUGGAGCCCUGGCCAGAGUUUUGAGGGAGGACUGGAAGCAGAGCGUGGACCUGGCCACAACCAUCAUCUAUGUGUUCUUCUGCUUCUCCAGUUUCUCCCAGUUCCAUGGCCUGGUCACACAUUUCAAGAUUGGGGCCCUGUGUAUGAAUAUCAUUGAGCAUGAGCUGAAGAGGUACGACCUCUGGCAAGACGAACUACAGAAGAAGAAGAAGGCCUAUGAAGAAUUCUCUGAGAACCUAAAUCUGAAGAAAGAACAUGAGAAGUCUUUCAGAAAGUACCAGAGCCUUCUGACCAAGCAGGAGCAGAUUCUCAGAGUUGCUCUGGGUCUGCUGCUCAACCUGGCUGAAGACACCCGCACAGAGCUGAAGAUGAGGAACAAAAACAUUGUCCACAUGCUGGUGAAGAUCCUGGACCGGGAGGACGAGGAACUGCUGCUGGUGGUGGUCUCCUUCCUCAAGAAGCUCUCCAUCUUCCUGGAGAACAAGAAUGACAUGGCUGAAACAUUUGCCGUGGAGAAGCUGGCUCGGCUGGUUCCCUGCGAGCACGAGGAGCUCCUGAGCACCAACUUGCGCCUCCUGCUCAAUCUCUCCUUCGACACGUCGCUGCGCAGCCAGAUGGUCCAGACAGGACUCCUUCCCAAAGUCUCCUCACUGCUCGCUGACGAGGGCCAGAGACAGCUCAGCAUGUGCAUUCUGUACCACAUCAGCAUGGACGACAGAUUCAAGUCCAUGUUUGCCGAAACAGACUGCAUACCGCAGCUGAUGAAGAUGGUGUUUGACUGUGGGGAGGAGAUAGAUGUUGAGCUCAUCUCGCUCUGCAUCAACCUGGCUGCUAACAAGAGCAAUGCGCGGGUCAUCUGUGAAGGCAACGGUCUGAAGAUGCUGAUGAAGCGUGCUGUGAAGCUGAAGGAUGUUCUGGUGAUGAAGAUGAUCAGAAACCUUUCUCAGCACAACGGAACCACCAAGAGUCUUUUCCUGGACCACGUGGGGGACCUGGCAGCUCAGAUCAGUGAGGAAGCGGCUGAGGAGUUUGUGAUCGAGUGUCUGGGCACGCUGGCCAAUCUCACCAUCCCUGACCUGGACUGGGCACUGGUACUCAAGGAGUACAACCUGGUGCCCUACCUGAAAGACAGACUCAAACCAGGUUCUGCUGAGGAUGACCUCAUUCUGGAGGUGGUGAUCAUGAUCGGCACCGUCUCCAUAGAUGACUCUUGUGCAGCCAUGCUGGCCAAGUCCGGCAUCAUUCCUGCUCUCAUUGAGCUGCUCAAUGCCCAACAAGAGGAUGAUGAGUUUGUGUGCCAGAUCGUCUACGUCUUCUACCAGAUGGUCUUUCACAAAGCUACCAGGGACGUCAUCGUCAAAGACACGCAAGCGCCUGCGUACCUCAUCGACCUGAUGCACGAUAGCAACGCAGAGAUCCGCAAAGUGUGCGACAACACGCUGGAUAUCAUCGCUGAAUAUGACGAGGAGUGGGGGAAGAAGAUCCAGAAUGAGAAGUUCCGCUGGUACAACGGUCAGUGGCUGGAGAUGGUGGAGAACCGUCCAAUGGAUGAAGCGGGAGAGCCCUUCCUGUUUGGGGAGGACGGAGAAUCCUUCAUCGGGGACAGAGACAUCCUGGAGAGACCCGACCUGUUCUACAGCGCCGAGGGGAUCGUCUCAGCAGACGGUGCCAUCAGUCCGGAGUUCUACGCCGACUUCCAGAAUGGAGAGCUGGGACAGACUGCACACAUGAGCAGUGUGUCAGAGCAGUUUGUCCCGGCAGAUCGACCCGUCAGCGCCUACGGCUUCCGCCCCGAUGAACAGUUUUUCUACAACUACAACACGGCCUCCCGGUAAAAAGCUGGAACCUCUCACACAUAAAUACUGUACGAGCGUUGUGUCCUUGACAUCCACUGUGUGCUACCGGAGCUGCGUCUAGACUGUAUCAAAAGUUGUCACUGCAAAAAAUGUUAAUCUGAACCAGAAUUUUCUAGAAUCAAUGUUUUUAUGUUAAAGCACCAAAGGUAAUCUUAUUUGAAUAUACUGACACUGAUUUGAGAAAACACAGGGAACAAGUAUCUCACCCGCAAAAUCCUAAAGACUUCAAGUGAAAGUACCUAUUACUACAGACGUAUAUUUCGUCUUUCAAACUUAUAUAUACUUCGUAUAUGUUAAGGUCAGUCUUAGAUUUAUUUGACUUUUGUUCUGACACAGUUUGAAUGUUACUUAAGUGAUUGAAGAACAUGUGUUGUGUAUCAAAGCUUAAUAUUGUUCUGCUUCAUGAUAGACGAGGCAGCUGUAACACUGUAAUACACUGCAUUCAGUUAUUUUAAGACUUUACUGUUUGACACAACCAAAUAUAUAUAUAUAUUUCUUUUUACUAGUCAGCUUUAUGUGUUCAUUCAUAAACACUGUUUCAAAAGAAAACAGCAAAAAUGAAUGAGUGCGUUUUGAAAGAUAAUUCUAUCUAUUUUAUAGAUUUAAAGCAGCCCGGAUCGCUGGCUGACGUAGUUUUCUUUUUUUUUGCUUUUGAGGCCCGAAGAGGUGGAAGUGAAAAAGCAAAAAUGAGAAAACACACUUUGUCUUAUCCCGUUUAUCAUCUUGUGACUUCAAUCUUGGGCGCUCGAGGGGGAUUUCCUACCCAGAAGUUGGUAAUAGGGCGAUUAUUUUCAUUAUCGAUUAAUCUGCCGAUUAUUUAAUCAGUUCAUUGUUUAAUCUAGAAAAUGUCAGAAAAUGUCGAUCAGUUUCUCAAAAUUCAAGGUAAUAUAUUUAACCGACUGCUUUUGUAAAUCCAAAACUCAAACACACAUUCAGUUUAAUACGAUACAGAACAAAGAAAAGCUCCAUAUUUGAUCAGCUGAAAACAGCAUUUUCUGUCAUUUUAUCAUGAAAAAACAUUUCAACGAUUAAUCGGUUAUCAAAAUAGUUUCUGCUAACUGUUGCAGCUGUAGUUGUGAACCACUGAGUUAUGCAGUAAACAUUUAGUUGCAUUAAGAUAGUUUCACUUUAUGUUACAGGUCUGUAUUUUCUGGUUUAUUUCGUAGGAAGUUUGCUGGAAAGAACUCUGUAAUUUGUUACAUAUUAUAUGGAAAUACUGUAGACGCAGUGUUCAAUUGGUGCACUCUUAAAUUAUUAUUGCUAGUAUAAUGUGGAGUCUUUCAGUCAGUGUAAAGCAAGUCAGAGGUCUUACUCAUAAAUCAACAUGUUUUAUAAACUCCACACAACUAAAUAAACUAAAGUAACCGUCUCAGAUUAGUGUCUCUAUAAUAAGAAGCACAUUACAGUUCUUUCCAGGAAAUAUCCUAGAAAAUGAUGCAUCAUAAAAUAAAGAGUGAUCAGUAUUGUCUUGUUUUUGCACACACAGUCUCUCACUGGAAGCUCUGCAGGAGACUGUAAAAAGUCCCGGCGCUGUAUUAAAAUGUCAUUUAUCUUCUUUUCCGUGAAUGUAAUUUAAGAAGAAAUGUUAACAGCCUUUAUUGUCUUAUCUUGAAAAAUGUGUCUUAAAUAUGAACGAAUGUUAAAUAAUUUAUUUGUAUUCUUUAUCUUGUUCUUGAUGUGCCUGGAGCGCUGCUGACCCGCUGAAAUAUGAGACAUGUUUUACUGUGGUGCAAUAUAUUAAAUAAAUGGAAGGCAUAUUAUUGUAGUUAAACUGUAUUUAGAUUUUAAUCCGGCACAGAUGUUGGAUUACUUGCAUCUUUUUGAUAUUUCUGAGCACAGUGCGUCUGAUUGUUUAAACAAAAAUAAAAAGUUGUGCACCAUAAAUAAAUAUGUAGAGCCUGAA